AUGAAGGUUGUCCUAGAGAAACCAGUCGCUUGUGCCAUAACGCCUCGAGCUAUAAAGCCUGCUGAUGGCAUCGGUAACCGGGAGGGCGAGAAAUUUCUUGCCGCCGAGUCUGAAGUCAGAGCUGUUCCCUGUGGAUGGCUUCAAAAUAAGAACAGCAGUGAAACGUAUGCUGGUAUAUCCAAGUCCCUGGAGGUAGUACAGGCAAAUUGUGUCCGCUGGAAGAAAAAGUUCUUAUUUAUGUGUAAAAUCAGUGCCAGUGCCACAACAGGGAUUCUAGAUACUUGCAUUUGCAGGGUGUCUGUACGGAAGGAGUUAAAAGGAGGAAAGGCAUAUGCAAAGCUGGGAUUUGCAGAUCUAAAUCUAGCAGAGUUUGCUGGAUCAGGAAAUACCACUCGUCGCUGUUUAUUGGAAGGUUAUGACACCAAAAAUACAAGACAGGAUAACUCCAUUCUCAAAGUUUUGAUCAACAUGCAACUAAUGUCUGGAGACCCAUGCUUUAAAAUGCCUCCUUCCACAGCAAUGUCUAUAGCAAUUGCCGGAGAAUCAGAAUCUUUGCAUGAAGACAGGAAAGGUGGAGAAAACUUAAAAGUAGUACAUCUGGGCAUAGCAGAUGUCUCAGCAAAGAGUGCCUCAGUCCCAGACGAACUCGGUGCAUGUGGACAUUCCAGAACAUCAAGCUAUGCAAGUCAGCAGUCAAAACUGUCAGGAUAUAGCACAUGUCACUCUAGAUCAUCCAGUCUGUCUGAACUCUGCCACAGGAGAAACACCUCGGUGGGUAGCACCUCAACAGGAAUUGGAAGUAUUCUAGAGCCAUGUGAAGAGACUGCGCCAAAAGUAACUGAAGCUAAUAUUGAUACAUCUGUUAAAGAUGCACCAUCAGAAAAACUCUGCAGACAUCCUGUAAAGCAAGACUCUGUGGAGUCACAGCUGAAGAGGGUUGAUGCUACCAGAGUUGAUGCUGAUGAUAUAGUUGAAAAAAUACUCCAGAGUCAAGACUUCAGUUUAGACUCAAGUGCAGAAGAAGAAGGUUUAAGAUUAUUUGUGGGUCCUGGUGGAAGCACUUCUUUUGGAAGCCAUCAUCUACCUAAUAGAGCAGGAUCUGGAGCAUAUGAGCAAGUGGUGAUAAAACGCUAG